GUCCUUUAGCUGGUGGGAACUAGCUGCUACCGGCUAAGCAUUCAACGAUUAAAUAUGAACAAAGCCCCCUUUGUAUACUGCUUUUGCCGAGGUCACGUCAAGUUUCCCUUCCGUCUGCCUUCCUGCUCACUUGCCGACCGCAUAUGGAUGGAGGGAGCUCCCUCCCAGAGUCCCAGCACUUUUGAGGCUGCUGUCACUGUUAAGAUCACGUACAAUAAACGUCACUGCGUUUGUCAGUAAAGGAGAAACAUUAUAAGAAUAUCUGACAAAUUCAGUUGCUGAACAAGACAAUGUCUGACAAGAACCAAACCUCAGAGCUUCCUGAUGCAGACAGAGAUGAAGAUAGCGCUGAUAUAGUGAAAGUUCAGAUAACAGAAGAUCUGUGUGUGAGGCGUCAAGUUGGAGCCCCAGAUCUGGAAAACAAAGACAGUAUCAGCCCAGGCCAUAUGGAUGUGACACCUUCAGAUGGCUCAGCGGUUGAGCACGGAGAAGAACCGGAUGUGUUUGAUCAGUUGAAGACUGAGGAGGAUGAAGUUCCUAUAAAUACGUCUACAGGUGACUUUACAAACUACAGUAAUCCUAGUCCUAGUCAUGGUCAAAGUACAGAUACUUCUUUCAAUCUUCUUCAAAAUCAAAGAAGCCACUUGGAAAAUGUAUGCUCUGAAUGUGGGAAAAGUUUUUCCACUAAAUCAUAUCUUACUUACCAUAUGAAAAUUCAUACUGGAGAUAAAGCAUUUUCAUGUUCUGUCUGUGGGAAAUGUUUUAUCCUGAAAUCAACUCUUAUUACACAUCAAAAAAUCCAUACAGGAAAGAAAGAAUUUUCAUGUUCUGAUUGCGGGAAAUGUUUUGUUCAGAAAUCAACUCUUAUUACACAUCAGAAAAUCCAUACAGGAGAGAGAGAAUUUUCGUGUUCUGAUUGCGGGAAAUGUUUUGCCCAUAAAUCAACUUUUAUUACACAUCAGAAAAUUCAUACAGGAGAAAAGGGAUUUUCAUGUUCUGAUUGUGGGAAAUGUUUUGCUCAGAAAUCAACUCUUAUUAGGCAUCAUAAAAUCCAUACAGAAGAAAAAGCAUUCUCAUGUUCUGAAUGUGGGAAAUGUUUUACUUGGAAAACAAAUCUUCUUCAUCAUCAGAAGGUCCAUACAGGAGAGAAAUCAUUUUCAUGUACUGAAUGUGGCAAAUGUUUUACCUGGAAAAAAAAUCUUCUUGAUCAUCAGAAGAUUCAUACAGGAGAGAAAGCAUUUUCAUGUUCUGAAUGUGGCAAAUGUUUUACUUGGAGAACAAAUCUUCUUGAUCAUCAGAAGAUUCAUACAGGAGAGAAAGCAUUCUCAUGUUCUGAAUGUGGGAAAUGUUUUAUUCUGAAAUCACGCCUUAUUAAUCAUCAGAAAAUUCAUACUGGGGAGAAAGCGUUUUCAUGUUCUGACUGUGGGAAAUAUUUUACUGCAAAAUCAACUCUUAUUACACAUCAGAAAAUCCAUACAGGAGAGAGAGAAUUUUCAUGUUCUGAAUGUGGGAAGUGUUUUAAUGAAAAAUCAGCUGUCACUAAGCAUCAGAAAAUUCAUACAGGAGAGAAAGCAUUUUCAUGUUCUGAAUGUGGCAAAUGCUUUACUCAGAAAUCACAUCUUACUAGCCAUCAGAAAAUUCAUUCAGGGGAGAAAGCAUUUUCAUGUUCUGACUGUGGGAAAUGUUUUACUGAGAAAUCAACUCUUAUUUUGCAUCACAAAAUUCAUACAGGUUAAAGAGGAUUUCCGUGUUCUGAAUGUGGGAAAUGUUUUGCUGGAAAAAACAAAUCUUAAUAUUCAUAAGAAAAUUCAUAUUAAAAGAAACCAAAUAAAUCAGAGCUCAAAGGGACAGUUUACCCAAAAUGUUUUUCCCUUUAAAGGGUCAUAAAACUCACACUUUUUAGAAAACAUUCUCUGUGUUAAAAAGCUUUAAACACAAACUUUAUAGUAUUUAAACUAUUAAAUGACUGAUUUUUACCUUAUUAACUCUUUUUUGAAAACCACAUCAUGCCGUUAUUUCAUAGGAGCUGCACUGAGUCACAAUAAUCUAUGAGUGCCAUUAUCCAAUAGUAGCUAAUGUUAUAAUUAGUGUCAUGAAUAUUAAAGCUUAUACCUAGUCACAUGCGCAAUAGGGGGCAAACAUUUAAACGCAUGUCCAACAUAUAGGAAUCAUGGGUAAUAGAGUCAACACCUGCACAGCUCAACAGUAAACUGACAGCACAGCUCAUUAGUGAAUGUGUCAGCGGUUAUGUUUCCAGCCGGAAUGAUUUGAUGUCACAUGACUAAUGCUGACAGAGCAACGUAAUACAACUCCUACAAAAUGCUGGAUAUGAGAAUCAUGGGAAUAAAAAAAAAAUCAUCCGUGAAUGGCUUUGCAUAAUUAGCAAAAGAAGGGAGUGUAAAUAAAGAAAAUUUGUAAGUUAAUUUGGAACAUUAUAGUAAAAAAUAGUUAAUAACAUUAAAUUAUCUUCCCUCUUAGAAUUAUAAAGUAUAAUGUUUUUAAAUCUUUAAUUUUGCUUCUUAGGUUUUAUGUUCCUUUAAUUUGUUCCCAGUGAUCCAGUUUACUAAAUUGUUUACAAGUAGCUUAUUUACCCUGUGCGGGCUGGUGACACGGCACAUGUGGAGUUUCCAUGUUUCAAGGUAACUCUGUAGGGUGCUGAAAUAUUGGUGACAUCCCAAGGUCACAUCCAGGGUCACUCUGGGAAAACGCUCAAAUUCCUUCUUAAAAAGUCCCAAUGCAAGUGUAUCCUUAAAUCUCCUCUGCUGUAACAAUCAGCUGCUCUCCUCUUCACACUUCAAAGUAGCCCAGUUCUAAAGUAACAAAAGAUAGAGGGGCACCUCAUGUGUGUAUCAUUACAUUUCCACAGAACAUAAAGUGCAAUAAAUGAGAGUGGGUACUCACAUUUGGUUGGAGCACACUUAUGUGCUAGUAGACGCCAGCUGAUAGAUUGAGGUGUAUCGAAUCACCUAUUCCCAGCGAAACUGGAACUCUCCAAACGACCAGGAGCAAUAGUGCUAAUAUCAAAAACUCGUUGAAACUUAUCUUUUCCAAACAAGUUUAAUAAAACUAAAUGAAAAACAAGUUUAAAAAGCAGAAUUAAAAGUGUAGGGGCAUAGCAAUGCUUCCUUUAAUCAUGCAAUGCUUUUCUCAGCAUUGGUACAAACGGCCGUUUCAUCAAGCAUAUCUUCCAUAGAUACCUAAAUAUCACAAGUCUUCUUAUAUUCACAGGCUAAAGUACCAGAAUAUGCUUAUAAGGAUUCCUUUAGUUUCUAGAACUGGAAAUCUCUGAAGGCUCCAAAGUAGCAAUGAUGCCUGCCCAGGUGCCUCUUCUAGGAGGCAGAAUAGCCAAUUUCAGACAUCUGAGCUUCUACUAUUACAGACAGAUAGGUUUUACAUAGGGUGACCAUAUCGCUGCUUUAAAAAGGGACACAUAUGAAAAAUAGAUAUGUCAGGGUACUUAUACAAAACAUUUCUUUAAACAGCCCUGACAUAUGUAUUUUUUAUAUGUGUCCCUUUUUAAAGCGGCAAUAUGGUCACCAUAGUUAUACAACUACUGCAUACAGGCUAUUACCUAGAGUUCAAUUUAAAAAAAAAUAUUUUCUUCCAUGCUUGAGGACAUCACCACUCAAAAAUUAACAGCAAUCAAACAGAUUGUGGAUACUCUGUUGUCUCAGCAAGUGAUUCAGUAGGUUCCGGUAUAUCUCCAGUUCCAGGGAUUUAAUUAUCCUCUGUUCCUUGUAAAGAAAAAGGACAACUCUUGGAGGCCAAUAUUGGAUCUUCCGCAUUUAAAUUCUUAUCUGCUGGAGAAAACAUUCAAAAUGGAGUCCAUUCAAUCAGAAAUCAAGACGAUUCCUCCAAAUGCUUUACUGCUUUCCAUAAAGCUAAAGGAUGCUUAUUUCCAUAUCUCAAUAGCAGAAGUUCACAGACAGUUCCUCAGCUUCACAGUAGGAAGUCUUCGGUUCCAGUUUGCUGCCCUACCUUUUGGCAUCGCAACCACUCCCUGAAUAUUCACAAAGCUAUUGGUUACUCUUGCUACAGCAUCUUGUGUAAAAGGCAUCUUUUUUAAUCCAUUAUUUUGACGACAUAAGUCUUAUAGCAAAUUCUAUUCAUCAGGCUUGUCUUCAAAAAUAUUUUGUCCUUACAGUUUCUUAAGGAUUAUGGCUGGUUAAUCAACCUUAAGAAAGGCCAUCUAAAUCCUUUGCAAAGGAUCAUAUUUCUAGGGGCCAAAUUCGAUAUUGCCAACAGUUGGUUUCUCUGCCCUCAAAAUUUUUUUAGGCUCUUCUGAUAUUCAUCAAAAAUCUACAGCACCUGUUAAAAAGUUGUGAACCCCUUCCAUUCUUGUACCAGUUUUCUAGACCUACCCAAGGUCCUGGUAGCGGUGUGAAGGAAAAGGUUAAAUAUAGGCCCAAAAGUGGCCUAAAGCUUUCAAAAAUCCUCCGCUUGGUACUUUAAAUGCAUGGGGGCCCAAAAGUGGCCGCAGCCAUUCCUGAGGUAAAAAAAGGGGGAGGUUUAGUGUUUGCUCUCUAACCAUUAUGCGUGAAAUCUUUUUUUUUGUUUUUUCUUUCUUUCAACUUUAUCGUUAAAUCAAAUUGUUAUAUUUGAGGUUAUGUAUGGUACUGUACAUCUCUGUAUCAACUUAUGACUUUUGUUAUACUGAGCAAACUGAAUUUUGCAUUUGUAUUGUUGGUCCCUCAAUAAAAACUAUUAAAAAUAAAAAAUCUACAGCACCACAGUCAUCUUUCUGCCAGGAAAUGGAUGAAGAUGUUGGGUUAUAUAGUGUCAGUGAUCCAUUUGGUAAACUGGGCUCGUUUUCUUUAACGGCGAAAACCAAUUUACUCUGUUUCUGAAUCAUCUCAAGAAAUGCCUAAAAUGGUGGCAUCAAACAGAGGAUCUCUCCAAAAUUCCUACUCUUCUGGAGCCAACAUGGGUAACUCUUGAGACUCCAGUAUAAAUGGAUGGGGACCUUUAUGCCAGGGGUAUUACACACAAUUUAGAUGCCUCAACAAUUUCCUGCCAAACUAUUGGAGAUAAGGGUAGUGUUUAAGGCCUUGUUUCAUUUUCAAGAGAUUCUACAUGGCAAGUCUGUGUGGAUUCUGACAGACAACAGGAUGGCCAGUAUCUACAUCAUUUUUAAAGGUUGUACACAAAGCUAAUAAACUCUCAAGGAAGUUAUUAUUAUCGGUUAUUUGUAGAGCGCCAACAGAUUCCGCAGCGCUAAUAUCACCAAUCUUUUGUUGGGCUCAAACCCACAUUCUUCAUAUAUCUGCAAUAUAUCUUCCAGGUAUUUAGAACAGGGAAGCAUAAUUUCUCAGUCAGAGACAUACAAAUCAGACAGAGUGGCAAUUAAACAGAAGUGUGUUCCAUAAAAUCACAGCCAAAUGAUCUCUUCAGGUCUCAAUUAUCAAACACCUCUUUUUUACAGCAGAUAUGAAACACCAAAGUCUUACAGAGUGGAACUUCAGCCUAAUAAAUGGGUUUCCUCUAAUACCUCCAUUACUUUAGAGAAUACAGAAGGAAAGAGCCACCUUUAUUGCGAUAAUUCCUUUUUGGCCCGGAAGGCCUUGGUUUCCACUUCUGCAGAGAUUGGUUCAGGGCACAAACUCAAAUGAAAUAUCUUCAACGAAGCAAGGUUUAAACAAGUUUAAACUUAACUUUUAUUGUAUAUGUACUAAAGCGGUAUACAGAAACAGAGUGGAAAUCCUUACGCGUUUCAUGCUGCUAGGCGUUUCAUCAGAAAUAAAGGACCCAGCCCUCUCCACCUCUUUAAGUAACAUAAUGAAAAUGGUACAAAUUAACUAAUUCAGGACCAGAGUUAUAACAAAGUAUCACAAUGUUAAUUCACCCAAACUGGUACUAAAUAAUGUUUAAAUUAUAACAAACACAGCAAGUCAUAUCUAGCAUGUAUCGUGUAAUGGACAAGUGUAAAUAAAUGGUCCCACUAAUAAAAAAAAGUAUAUCAUACGUCUACAUUUUAAGAAUUAGGUACUCAGUUAAUGUAUAAAUUUAGUAUAACUUCACCAUGUUGAUUAAAUAUUACCUAGGCACUAAGUGUAAAAUUAAAAAAAGAAAACGUCAUAUAAAAUCAAUAAAUAAAUUAAAUAAAUUAGAAUAAAUUAAAUUGGGGCAGAGAGAAAGAAGAAAGAAAAAAAAUUGAAUAAUAAAAAUGGAUAGUGUGAGAAUUGAAAACUUUUUCUAGCUGGAAAUUGCAGCAUUCUGCCUCUUUCAGACAUAUUGAAUUAUCUCAUCUUUUGGAAUUCUUUCAUGAUAGCUUUUUGCAAGGUCUGAGUGCUAAGACUUUGAAAGUCCAAGUUUCUGCAAUAGUGGAUAUUAAAUAGACUCAAAAACCUCUAGUUACACAAUUCUUUCAAGCCUUGGCUCAUAUCCAACCUUCAAUAUGAUUUGUAACUCCAACCUGGGAUUUACCUCUUGUAUUUGAUGCUCUCCUGGAUUCUCCCUUUGAACCUCUUCAUGAGAUCUCUCUAUGUUUUUUUCACUCUGAAGACAAUGUUUCUUGUGGCACUUUGAGUUUCUUAAUUCCAUGCUUUUUCUGUUUAAGAACCAUUUAAUUCAUUUAGUUCAUUUAAUCAAAAUAAAGUGGUUUUAAGAAAUGUUCCUGACUUUUUACACAAACUAGUCACUGAUUUCCAAAAAAAAUGAAGAUGUGGUUCUGCCAUUUUGUCCUGACACAAAAGAAGCUCUAUAUGUACAUCUGUAUCGUCUGGAUGUGGUCCAUUGUUUGCACAUCUACACCAAGCGUACAAAAGCCAUUUGUAUAACGGAUUGGUUGUUUGUUAUACCUCAAGGUCCUUGUCAAGGUCAAGCUCCGGCAAAGACUACAAUUAUAAAUUGUAUAGUUCAAGCUAUUUCUAAAGCUUACAAGCUGAUGAAUGUUCUUGAUAGGCUAAAGCCACACUCCACGAGGGCAGUGGCAACUUCAUGGGCUAUUUAAGCUGAUGCUACUCCUGAAAUUUGCCAGACAGCAGUUUGGAGGACACCUCAUACCUUUGUGUCUCACGACAAGCUGGAUAUCAGACAGUCUGCUUCUGCCAAGUUUGGUCAGAAAGUUAUUUCUUCAGUUGUUUCCUAAAUAAUAAUAUUUUCUACUUUUGUAAUAUUUGAUAUCUGUCUUUAUUUCUCGUUCCCUUAUUUGUUCUCACUGCUUUUCAUUCAUCUCGUCUGGUAAGUAUUACCCAGAGAAGAGCCAAGAUAGUUAGAAAUAAACAACCUACUAUAAGAAAUGUCUAUAUCUUGGCUCACAUCCAUGGGCAAUACCUACAAGGCUCCCUCCCUGCUUUGUCUAGUCCACAUUCUGGUUGGACAUCUUAAGGAGUAGGAAGGGGUGGAGGAAGAGGUGUUUCCUAUACAUAGGUCAAUGGGGGAGUGGUCUGUUUUUACCUGGUAAGUAUUACCCAUGGAUAUCAGCCAAGAUAUAGAAUUUUUUUAUAUUUGGUUGUUAAUUUCUAAUUUUUCCAUUGUUCUUUUUAAGUAUUAGGCUUUGGUUGACAGGCAGAUAUAAGAUAAGGAAGCAUGUGUGUGUACACAAAGUGAAAUAAAAAAAUAGGUGGAGCUUGCAGGUAAAAUUGUAUCUCAUUAUUUUAUGUUGUGGUUUUCAAAACACAAAACCAUCUAUUUCACAAGCACAAAUUUACCUGAAAAUGCAAUUUUCUCAUACAUAUAUUCUGCAGCUGGUAGAACAAGUAAUUGGAAACACAUUAAGAGAAAAACAAUUUUACAGUAUACUGUCCCUUUAACCUCUUAAGUGCCUAUGGUGACAUGGAGUCAUAAUUUACACAACUAUGACUACAAGUUGGGGGUGCAUAUUUAGAACCUGUGUGUUUGUCAUCUCCGGGGGAUCCGAGGUCCCUAUAUAGGGUUUAAUUGCCAAGUGGUGUAAAUAAAAUGUGCAUUUAUUUAAAUAUAGAUUCAUGGGAGGGAGCCCCUAUGUGCAGAUCUAGCCAGAUGAUCUUAUUUAUAUAUUGAUAAAUCCUGAGAUCUAGGUACUGUUAUAUGUAUUAUAGUCAGAUAAUCACUGAGGGGACAGCAUUUCCCUAGAAAGUAUUUAAAGUGACCAGGUGUGUAGAUGUACAGGGUGACCCUUACAUUAACAUCAAAAGUGCAAGGGGCUUCCAAAAGCCCUUGUCUGUUUUAGAAUAGACCCCAUGACUGCAUAAAAUGCAUUGUGCCAAUAUAUAACAAAUAUAUAAAUAUUUACUUUUGAUUUUCAAUUGCUAAUUUACAAAGAAACACUGAAUUUUGUUAGAAAGGUUACCCAAAUCCGUAAUAGAUCCACAAAUGUUUUGAUUAUAUAGUUGAGAGAAAAAAUCCGUCAUACUUUAUUGUUUAAAAUCUUGUUUACUGAAAUGGUAGCUGCGCUGCGGAAUCUGUUGGUGCUCUACAAAUAACCGAUAAUAAUAAUAAUGGUAAUAAAAUAUGUUUUCACA